UGGUGUAGCUGCCACUGAAUGGAAAGUUUCUGGUUAUUCCAGAGCUUCACACAAUUUAAAGGCCUAGAUUUAGCUAGCAUUCGCGGAAACUUCAAAUAAUAUCUGCAAAUUUAUAGAGGUUAGUCUAGUGCAUUUUCAUAAUCCUGGAGUUUUUGCAGCCCUUAGUGGCUUACCUUACGUAACGUUUAGUUAUUUGUGAAACAUGCAGUGAAAAGGAGGGUAACAGUGAGCAAUGAAAGAAAUAAGCCUCAAAUAAUCCUGUAAUUAACCCAUGCACACUCACUGUAGGGCAGUUCACCGCACAGUCCUAUUCUGCUCAACCAUAUUUCCACAGAUGGCUUAUGUGAUCGCUGAGUUCGUUGAGGACAAACAGGUGGAGGUGGUGCCAGUGACCUGGGUGGAGGGUGACAAGUGUGCGUGGCCAGACAACCUCAAAGGCAACAGAGUGACAUCCUUAGUAAAGAAAUCUGUACCACCAGACACCUUCUGGAAGUGCUACAGCGUAGCAGUGAAAGGGGUAUUUGCAACAUAUGAACAAGCAAGGGCCAAACUUAAUGACAGCCAGUAUACAUCAGACCUGGGCACAGGAUCGGAAAUGUCUCAAGGAAAAAGGACAAGGAGGCCACCAGCUCAGUGGUCUGACUCGGAUGAGCCUGACACACCACCGCCACCCAAGAAGGCCAAGCAAAGCUCCAGCAAGCAAAUUCCAGCUCCACCAAGCAACUUCCCACUAGGCCUCUCUUCUGCUUCUUCAGUGCAGCAAGACAGCUGUGAAGAGUCUGAAGAUGUGAAUGACAUGCCGCAAGGUGGUGCAGGUGGCCCUAGUUCACACAGUGCAGAUGGCUCCAGAUCACACACUGCAGGUGGCUCUAGCUCACACAGUGACCAACGGACUUGUGUACCCUCAGGUUCCCCUGACGAACUUUCAAACAAUAGCUUCAAGAAGCAUGUGCUCAGACUGCUCAACAUCGUGCGUUUUACGCAACAACACCAUGGGGAUUUGCUUGAAAAGUUGUGCAACAUGUAUGUAAAGCAGCCUCUUGGUGGAACUGAUCCACUCAUCGAGUGCCCCUUCCGCAGCUUGGAAGAUUUUAUGGCUUUUGAUGAAAGCCUGGACAAAGAGAAGACUGCGAGUUUGGUUCGCGAGUUCAGAGACCUUGGAGGGAGAAAUGCCAGUGCAGCUACAAAGCGUAUUCUUGCAUACACCCUUCAUGAUGACCUGGCCACACUUUUUUCGUGGGUUGGCCGAAAGGGGAAACUUAGUUUCUCUAGUCUGAAGACUACAGCUGCAAUUAUUGUUGCUGCAAGACGGAUGACAGAAGGCAGCACUAACGAUAUUGAAGACACCAUCAAAUCGUGGCUAAGGCAUGCUCCAGAAAGGGCCGGCAGCCAUAAGAAGCCAAGCGCUGAGGUCUGCCUGCCUCAAGAAUAAGUGGAGGCCAUUCCAUUGUAAAGCACUGCAGCUAUGACCUGAAGACUGCACAGGCAUCGGAGGCUGCUUGGUUGUGGGCGUGUGCAUCUGGUGGAACAUUGGGGAUCUGCUGGGCUACGCCAAGGCAUGUUUCGUGGACUAGAGGCAGCUACUCAGGGAUCUUUUUUUUUAACUUUGCACAGUGCAUUUGCAGAAUUUUUUUUUCAUGCAUUGGAAGGAUUCUGCCUGUCAUCUGCAUUGUCAAAUCACUUGCAAAGUCAUGCUCUUGCUAGGCUCCAUCAAUAUGGUUUUAUGCAGAAUUUGUGUGCGAGAACUUUUUAUUGUUCUUGUUUUUUAAUGUCAUGGCAGUCUUCUGUGUUGGUGAAAUUGCUACCAUUGCAAAGCCAUGGUUUUCUGAAAUGCUGUUAUUCUGCUACUGUACAAAACUUGCGUGCGAAAUACUUACAUUAGACGCAAGAUCUUUUUUACCUCAGUAUUUCAGAGUAUUUCUGUCUGUUCUGUAUGUGCAUCUACAUGUCCACCCAUUGUUAGCAUAAACACACCAGUGCAUGGUUCGUGCACAAUGCAGUGCACAAGCGGCAAAAACCACAUGCAUGUGUGAAACGCUAAGGCAGUGUAUUCCGUGGGAUCGUUGCCCAGGUUUCUCUGCACAGAAGCGGUUGGCUUGCCAGGAAUAAAUUUGACUGUUUUGCAGUCUUGCUCAUCUGCCUGAGACCUAUGCUCGCAAGGAGGAUCCUGAAUCCUUUGCUUGUAUCUGUAGGCCACCGUCGUAAGUGUCACAUUCACUGUUGCAUAAAUGCCACGCUUACUGUAGCCCUGCUGUGAAGUGUCCACAAUCUGUCAUCUUUGCAUGGCUGUGAGAAUCCCAGCCAUUUCCUGUUUCUGAGCGCAAGGAAUGAAAAGACUGCGACGCAUGCCUUAGUGGCAAUUUAGAGGAACCCUCAAAAGACCAAAUAAAUAUGUUAGCUUUUUUAUCCUGCAAUUGCAGCUUGGACUGACCCCGACAUAUACGGGCAUCACUGAAGCAUGCUGUGCAUAAGUAUAGCAAACAAGCUGCUCCUGUUGCAUUAUGCUAGUGUCGUGUUCUGCCGUGCUCUAUCUGUGAAAUGAACACAUACUGGCCUAUUGUGUGAUAACGUCACUGUGGUGUACUACUGUGGAAACACAUGCUGGUGUGUUCAUGCUACCAGUGGGCUAACCCUUGGACCUUACUGGAAAUAGUAAAGGCCAACCACUCAUUGCAAAAAAUGCUGGACAGGCCUUUCCCUCUUGUCUUUUUGUGUGCUUGAUGGGCUGAGAAUCGCCUCCAUUGCAAAGACAUGCUUUUGUAAGAUGCUAUUAUUUUUCCUUUGUCCAAAGCACUUUUUGUCACUGGAUCUUGAGGGUUUUUCUAACCUCUGCCUUUAUUAUGCAUGUUGCUGCCUCUGCAAAGCUACCCCUUCGUGAGACCAAUAUUGUGCCUGUGUAAAAUAACUUGUGAGAGCUUUUUACUUUAUAUAAUUUUUAUGUCAUGGAAGAUUCCUUUUAUAUUGCUGCUGCUGUAAAGCCAUACUUGUGGGACUAUUGUUGCGCAUAUGUAUAGACUUUUGUGCAAGAUACUUUUAGCAAGACAAAAUUUUUUUUUAAUGUUUUGGUCAUCUGUGUCCUAUACUGUGAGCAUCUUGCUUAUAAAAGCAAGGAUGCGCUUUAUUGAAGUGCUCUUAGUGUGUUUUAGUACAGAACUUUUGUGCAAGAUACUUUUAUGAUAUAUUUUGUAUUAUGGGAGGAUUCUAGUCACUUUCGUGCAUAUGUAAGUUGCUUCCAGUGAAGUGUCAUUGUUCUUUGUACAAAAGAACUUUUCUGUGAAGUCUGAUGGGUACGUCUACAGUUUUACAAGGUAGAAGUGCUACCACAGCCUAUAUGCAAGUUUAACAUCUAGUCAUUGAGCCAAUGAAACAGCCAGUUUGUUUUUGCAUCAUGUGCAUUGCUGUUGUUGCGAAGAUGCCAUUAUGUGCUUUUUUGCAAGAAAAUGUGUGCAUAGUCAUUGUGCCAGAUAUUUCUUGUUCUCUUGUACUGUUUGUUUAGUUAUAUUUUUGAUAUCACAGUUCAGGUACCAAUGCAGUCAGUUUAUUCUAGUCUUUUUCCUUUAUAAAGUGUAUGUACAUCACUGCAUUAAGUUGACAAUUAGAAUUUUUCUGUGUUAAGGUCACUUCAAGAAAAAUCUUUAGUUCUCUUCUGUGCCCCUGUACUGAUCUUGUCAAUGUUAACAUAUACUCCUGCUGGCAUCUUUUGUGAUUUUCAAUUUCUUGUGGGUCCUUAUGGGCAUUUCUUUAAUGUGUUCAGGCACAGGUUAUGUUUUGCUGUGCCAAGCACACAGGCAUGUUCUUACAGUAUGCUUUUUAAAUAAAGAUCCAAUGUUUCUGCA